AAAGGUGGAUUGGGCUGAGGUGAGUGGCGAGUGCAUUACACACAACCCAAGGUGCGUGGGGGCCACAUAGGGACAGAAACAAUUUGGAGAUGACGAUGCUUAUGCGGAUGAAUGAAUAUGCAACCAAAUACCAAUAAUUCUUCUUCUUCUUCUUCUUCUUCUUCUCGGAGCCCCAAACAGAACGAUCGAUGAGCUGAUAUCACGAGACUCACCGCCCACUCAACACACAUCACAGAGAGAAUAGAAUUGUCGUUCGGAGCUUCUGAUUUCAACAUUCGCUGUUCUUCUUUUCUCUGCAAUUACAAUCAUGGACCAAUCUAAGCCUCAACCAUCAGGGAGUGGUCCUCCGCCAAAGCCUUGGGAGCAAGCCGGUUCCUCGGCUGGCCCGUCACCCUUUAAGCCUCCGUCCGCGGGCAACACUAGUAAUGUAGUGGAAGCUUCUGGGACUGCAAAACCCGGGGAAAUCGUUUCCAACCAGAAUGCAACUGCCAACCAGAAUGCUGUUGGGAGGCCCCUUCCUUCAAGGCCAUGGCAGCAACAGCAGAGUUAUGGAAACAGCAGCUACGGAGGUUAUGGUUCUACAAUGAAUUAUGGUUCUGGAUAUGGCUCAGGACUGUAUGGAUCUUCUUACGGUUCUUCUUAUGGUGGGGUAGGUGGGGGAAUGUAUGGUGGAGGAAUGUAUGGUAACAGUAUGUAUAGGGGAGGAUAUGGUGGUGGCCUUUACGGGUCAUCUGGGAUGUAUGGAGGUGGGAUGUAUAGCGGUGGGAUGGGUGGUUAUGGCAUGGGUGGUAUGGGUGGUUAUGGCAUGGGUGGUGGUCCUUAUGGAGAUCAAGAUCCUAAUAACCCCUAUGGAGCCCCUCCAUCCCCUCCAGGAUUUUGGAUUUCUGUUCUACGUGUGAUGCAAGGAGUGGUUAACUUUUUUGGUCGGAUAUCAAUACUCAUUGACCAGAAUACACAGGCUUUCCAUCUGUUCAUGACUGCACUCCUACAGCUUUUUGAUCGUUCUGGUUUAUUGUAUGGAGAGCUAGCUAGAUUUGUGCUGCGCUUGCUUGGGAUUAGAACUAAACCCAAGAAGGUUGACCCACAAGGUCCAAAUGGACAGCCAUUGCCUGGACCACACCCCCAAAACAUGAACUACAUUGAGGGACCAAAGGCGGCUCCAAGUGGUGCUUGGGACAAUGUAUGGGGUAACGACGGCAGCCAAUGAUGAGGAAUAAUAUAUUUUGUUUUGCAUGCAGAGCACCUCCGAAUACAGUCAAAACAAGAAACAUGACAGUAGCAUUUCAAAUGAACAUACUCAGAAGCUGCAGAAAGUCAUGUAUAGAAUUCGCGGAUUUUAAGUUCGGUUUGCUGUUUUUCUUUGCUAUAUUGGAUCUUAGAGUUUACUGGAAAGUGGAAAUGGGAUCUUAUAAUAAUAAGGCACCAUCGGUGCACAUACCUCAUAAGCAUUUACUCGGAAUCUGCAGUAUCCUAUUUGCUACAUAAUGUAUUGUUCUGUAUUCAAAAUGUAUACUUUGCUUGCAUUAAGACUUAAACUAUAAAUUAUGUUUCUCUACGUGUACUAA